AUAGGAUUCAGCUAGUUUAUGGUUGUCUUUAUAAAACGGUAACAUUUUGUUUGUGAAAUAUGUGUAUUGGCCAUUGUAUAAUAGAGAAAUAUCUGUCUUUGGAUGCUAACCUUCACGCUUGACUGAACGAGGUCCAGGUUGCUAACGUCUUUGAGAUAAUACGGAUUAGGAAAAGACUUGGAAAAUCUCCCGUCACUUAACAGUACAAAGAUACCGAGUCAUUUUGGCGAUUUAUUGAUUUAUUUGACUAUUUAGUAUUUUAUCAUACAUUUGAAUUAUCGUAUCUUAGGUUUUGUUUUUGGAUAUCUCUAGAUUUUAUUCCUGGAUUAAGUUUUGUGGAUUACGUGAUUUUCUCUCUCAUAAAUAAGGAUUAGUAUUUGUUGUUUUACUGAUGGACACAAGAAUAGUGCUGUAACAAGGAUAUAUAUGUUAACAAAUUCACCUGUGAAAUACACCAAUUUGAUUUUCCCUGAGUUAUCACCUUUUCAGAGUAGUGACAACAGAUUAUUCAGUGUAGGAUUAUAGUACAAAGAAUAUUGGAUUUAACUGUAAGGAUUAUUUUACACAGAGAGAAUACAAAGAAGGUAGAUAGAAGAACAUAUUUAAGAAGAGAAAGUGUAAAAUAGAGAGAGAGAGAGAAGAUAAGUGAUUCUAUUAGACCAACAAGAUUUCCUCCAUAGCCAAGUCCUUUGACAAUGAAGAGGAAAAUGUCAAGGUCAUCAAGAUGUCAGAGAGUCCAGAGGAAAAUUUAGAUGAUAAUAUGAAGACUAGACUUGUUUGUUCUGCUCCUAUACUAGAAUGUCUGUCCCUACCCUCCAGCAGAAGUUCUUCCACAACUAGUCAGUCUAUACAAGGUGGCAGUAAGAAUGAGGACGAAGAAAAGGAAGAAAGAAAUGAAGAAAAGACAGAUGAAGGGGCCAUAAAUUACUCAGAUCCAUCUCCAUCAUGGCGGGAAUCAAUAAGAAUACAGAUGGAGGAGGAGUUAGAACAGCGUGUGAGAGAGGCGCUCGAGACUCCGCCCCUAGAACGUGCUAAAAAGGCAGAUCACAACAGACAAGACCGUAAAUCUAGUCAGACUUUAAAUGAACUUAAUUCUCAUAUCGUGUUUGGAUUAGCUGGUAGCAAUCGUGAUGUUCUAAAAUCUAGAAAAUGGCGAGCGUUACAGGCUAAGAGACAAGUUCAAAGGUUAAUGAGAAUGAAUUAUAUCCAGCCUACUCCGCCUGUAGAUUACGUGUUCCAGGAUGGUCUCUCACGGUCCAAUCAGGCUGAAUUCCCAGGAGUCUUUGGUCUCUCUAGUCUAUCUGAAGGAGUGAAGGACUUACGACAGAGCUUUGACAAGUAUCCUUCACUAACUCAGAUUCAGAGACAGUUUUACACUAAACAUGGAUUUCUUGCCAAUUUAAAUGGACAAGGCAAUAAUUUCAGAAAUGAGAAUGGGAAAUAUAAGGACCGUUAUGGAGUUGAACGGGACCAAGAUGGACCAUUCUGGCCUAGUGACUGUGGUCCAUUGUUUGCAACACCAAGAUUCAAAUGGUUUAAUGAUCUACCUCCAGAACCCCUGUUCUUCCAUGUUCACAAUCUGCAGUAUCCUAAAACAUUUGACAACCAAGUUACACAUUUUACGUCUAAAUGGCGAGGGGUAUUGAUUGUGUACGACUCGGAGAGGAGUAGUCGGGACAGACAGCCACAGCCUGUACCUGAGGGAUGUUGUCCGAACCUCGUCUUCGAAUCUCGAUUUGAGAGUGGCAACCUACGGCAGGCCAGGAGAGUAGGGCAGUUUGAAUAUGAAUUGGUGCUGAAGACUGACCUAUACACUAACAGACACACACAAUGGUAUUACUUCAGAAUAUCCAACACAGUACCCGGUGUGGUGUACAAGUUUAGAAUAGUCAAUCUCCUCAAAAGAGAUAGUUUAUAUAAUUAUGGCAUGCGUCCUUUGCAAUACUCAGAAAAAGAAGCCAAGUUACUUGGUCGAGGAUGGAUGAGAGCAGGUCAUCAUAUAAGUUAUUCCCGUAAUGUUAUGCAUUUACACUGCCCCUUACUGACCCGAGGAAUAGCAUACUACAUGUUGGAAUGGCAAAUGGAUUUCCCACAUGAAGAUGACGCGUGUUAUCUGGCCCAUUGUUAUCCCUACACAUUUACAGAUUUAAAGGAGGAUUUAGACUCCCUAAUCAACGCUCCUGACAGAAAGGAAUGUAUGAAGAGAGAAGUCUUGUGUGAAACACGAGCUGGAAAUAGUUGUUUUCUUGUUACAGUUUCUAAUUUUGGUGCAUCUAAAGAGGAACAACAUAAGAAGAAGUUUGUUGUCAUCACUGCCAGAGUACAUCCUGGGGAGACACAGGCAAGCUGGAUGAUGAAAGGACUCUUAGAGUACAUAACCUCUAGUGACCCCGUCGCAAAGGAACUUCGCAAUAGGUUUAUAUUUAAAAUUGUACCAAUGUUAAAUCCUGAUGGUGUGAUAGUGGGGAAUUAUAGAUGUUCAUUGGCUGCUAGAGAUUUAAAUAGGAAUUACAGACAUCCACGGAAAGAAAGUUUCCCUACAGUAUGGCAUACAAAAACACUUAUAGAAAAAAUACUGGAGAGACAUGAAAUUUUAUUAUAUUGUGAUUUACACGGACACAGUCGGAAACAUAAUGUGUUCAUGUAUGGCAAUAAUACCUCAGAAGAGGACGUCAAUGGUCUUGGUGCUGCUAAAUCAUUCCUUAACGAGAGAUUAUUUGCUUGGUUAAUGUCCCAGAAGGCUCCUGACAAGUUUGCCUUUAAAUCCUGUAAAUUUAAUAUAAAACGGUGCAAAGAAUCGACUGGUCGAGUUGUGAUGUGGAGGCAAUUUAAAAUACUCAAUAGUUUUACAUUAGAAGCUACAUUUAGUGGAACAAUUAUGAAUAAAAAUGAAUAUCGCCAUUUUAAUGUGCAUGACUUUCAAGAUAUGGGAAAAGUGUUAUCACAAUCAGUGCUAGAAUAUCAAAGAACACAGGAAAAUAAUGCGAAACAGUCAGAAAUGGUGUUAGAACUAACGAGAUAUGUUACACAGCAAGUCAUGGAACAACGAGGUAUGAUGGAGCGACCUAAAUUACCAAACUUUAAGUCAAUGAUGAGGGGAGACAAGAAUGUUAUAAAUAAUACAGAAAACGGUAACGAUUCUAGUCAAGAGAAGACAACUCCAGAACCUCAUGUUAGUACUCCUGUUUUUAAAGAAGCUGUACUGACAGUCAUGGAUCACGAGAAUAGUACAUUUGUAAUGGAGGAUAAACGAGGCAAACGGUCAAAGAAGAGCGAGAAAGCUCAGUCUAAUCUGAGUCGUAAGGAUGUAGAUAAUCUGCUAGAAAAUGCUUCACUGAAAACAAUGGAUGGAUGUCUGAAAAUACUGGCUCAGUUAAAUGUACGGGAGGUUAUGCAGGAAUCAGAUUCUAGUGACAGUGACAGUGAAUCUGAACCAGAAAUGAAAAUAAUUGAAUCAAAAUCAAAGAAAAAGAAACGAAAGUCUCGUAAGCAGAGAGAUAGGGAGCAGGCAGAUAGAAAAAAUGGCUCUGGUUCAUCUGAUAAAAAACAGGAAGAAGUCCGCUCUAAGUCUCUUACGGAGUUGACACCAAUUUUCCCAGCAGGACAGGCCUUACCUAAUAUACCUGCCUGUUCAGAGUUGAGUGACAGAGAUAAAGGAGACAAAUCUCUAUCAAAGCAGGUUUUUCGAGGAGCUCUUGUCCUUGAGAGGGCUAAGACGACAAGUUUUGAGAAAUUUAUGAGAAACCAAAAAAAGGACACCCACUUUGUCAGUAAAUAUGAAGGGAGGAAAAAUGGCGGUAUACCAUGUUUUGCUGAAGAAAGGAGUAUAGAAAGAGCUCAAAAGAGAAUGGCUGAUAUGAAGAAAAGAACAGAAGAAGAUAAACAAAGAGAAUUGGCUUUCUUUUCUUAUGACCAAAUGAUGGACUAUAUAAACAGACAGAGACAACCUCCACCUUUAUUUGAAAAAAGAACCCCAGAACCUCGACUACAGAGUUCUGAUAGCGAUUUCCCUGAAGCAGUCUCAUCAAGGUUGCCACGGCGUAUUAUAACAGUUCAGCAAAAUAUACCAAGGGCACUAACUCCUCCACCACCUAGGAGGAGUUAUCCUUUUGCUAUAUGUGAAGGUGUUCCUACAUUGGAGGAAACUUUAUCACAGAUAAGAAAACCACCAAGAGAUCCAUUUGAGAAUUAUGCUUUUCGAGACAUGAAUUCUACGAUGCCAUCACUACCUCAACCCAGGGACAUAAGUACUGAUGAUGGGAGCGGUGAAAGUGAGGCUGACUUUACCUCUGCCACAUUAUCUCUAGCUGCUAGGAAUAACCCAUACGUCCAUCAAGACUCUGUUCAGUUACAAAUGCUUCCAUUAGAUGUCACAUCAAAAAAGUCAUACAGGAGUGGUCCAAUAUCCCGGACCUCUAGAAGACAGUCCACACCAUCUAUUACCUUCAACAAUACUCCCCCAAACAUAUUUCCUGUAACGGAUGAGAUUAAAACAGAAAAAAGACCGAGAAUUACUCCUAAUGCAGGACCAUUGCAGACAAUCUAUGGGGAGGAAGCUGUACCAAAGAUAAGAGGAAUUAAAGUGAAAACUGAGUCAUGACACAGGCUUAUCCGUAGGAUGUAAUCAAUUAGAAUCUACCCAUAAUGAACUUUAUUGCUAUUUGUCAACAACUACUGAACAUAUAUGACAUUCCUUAAAAAUUUGGUGUCCAAAGAGGAAAAGUGUUUGAACAAUGUUGUACUCUACAAGACAACAGUGAUUGUUAUAUGACGUCAAUAGUUAAGUGUCACAAAAUCUUCCAAAGAUGUGUUGCAGAUUCUUAAAUAGCUAUGAGGUCUAUUAUAAAAACUAACUGCUUAUGUUACCACUUGAACAUAUGGCGCUUAGAAAAGGUUUCUUUUAAUUUUACAUUUAAACACACAUGUUCUAGAAAUUGAUAAUGUUUUAUCAAACAUUUUAACACACAGAUCUUAGAAAUGGAUUGUGAAAUCAACAUUUUAACACAUAGAUCGUAGAAAAGGAAUAUGUUUAGUAAACAUUCAUAUCUUAGAAAUUGAUUGUUAUUGAAAACUUAAACAGAUGGAUAUUAGAAACAGAUUAAAAUGUUAAUUUAACAUUUAAACACAUGGACCUUAGAAACGAACUAUGUUAUUUCAACAUUUCAACACAUAGAUCUCAGAAAAGGAAUAUGUUUAGUUAACAUUCUUAUCUUAGAAAUGGAUUACGUAUUAUUGAAGAUUUUAACACAUAGAUCUAAGAAAAGGAUUAUGUUAUAAAUUGAACAUUCAAACACAUGGAUUUAAGAAACGGAUUCAAAUAUGGAUCUUAGAAAUUGAUUUUUAUUAAAAUUUAAAUAUUGUAAGGGAUUAUGUUUAGUGAACGUUUAGUGCUAUAAUUCUAGUUUGUUAAGAACAGCCACAACAACUCUGUUCUUGAAUCACAUGGCUGUCACAUGACUGUCACAUGACAAUAUCUUAACAAUGUGGUAAUUAUUUAGAACAUUGUGUUUAUAAUAAGGAUUUUAUUUAAGUAAUUGGUGACAGGAGCUUGUUAGAGAUAAUGCAAUAUGUGGUCAUAUAAAAUCAUGCAUCUGUUAAAAACGAGAAAAUUAGCAAUGGGUUUUAUAACAAAUUUGUAAUUUUGUGUGUAUAAUUAUUUAUUUAUUGACUUUUAUAAAGAGCAUUUAGAAAUUAUUUGAUAUCAAGUUAUUAUUGAUAUAUAAGAUUUACUGAACACAUGUGUUAAUAUGAGCGAACAUUUGACAUGUGUUGAUAUGGGUGAAAAUUUGACAUGUGUUAACAUGGGUGGAAAUUUGACAUGUGUUAACAUGGGUGGAAAUUGACAUGUGUUUUCAAUAUGGGUGGAAAUUUGACCUGUGUUAACAUGGGUGGAAAUUUGACAUGUGUUAACAUGGGUGGAAAUUGACAUGUGUUUUCAAUAUGGGUGGAAAUUUGACCUGUGUUAACAUGGGUGGAAAUUUGACAUGUGUUUUCAAUAUGGGUGGAAAUUUGACCUGUGUUAACAUGGGUGGAAAUUUGACAUGUGUUAACAUGGGUGGAAAUUGACAUGUGUUUUCAAUAUGGGUGGAAAUUUGACCUGUGUUAAAAUGGGUGGAAAUUUUACACCAAUUUUAUGUGUUAAUAAUGGGUGGAAAUUUGACAACAUGUGUUAAUAUUGGUGAAAAUUUGACAAUGUGAGCAUAUGUAUAUAUUGUAAUGAAUGAAGUCAGGAAUCCUCGAGUAGUAAUCAUAUGAUUAACAUAAUGUAUAUCUGUAUAAGACUUGCCAAUCAGUGCCAUUAUAUGUAUAAUGUGUUGGGACUGUGAUUGUUUAAUGCUGUGAUAUUUUCCUGAAUUUUAUUGAACAAUAUUUAUACUGCUGAUUUUAGUUUUUUUUCUACAAAAAUAUGUAAGAUUGUUUGGUUAACAUGGUAGCCAAAAAUUCUGGAAAAUUCAUUGAUCAAAAUACACAUAGAUGAAA